CUUUUUCAUCCGCACGCAGUCAAGAUGACUUCUAAAAGGCGUAAUGGAGGACGCAACAAGAAAGGGCGUGGUCAUGUCAUCCCUGUGAGAUGCACCAACUGUGCCAGAUGUGUUCCCAAGGACAAAGCCAUCAAGAAGUUUGUCAUCAGGAACAUUGUUGAAGCUGCCGCUGUGAGAGAUAUCUCCGAGGCCAGUGUAUAUGAGGUAUAUGCCCUUCCCAAGCUGUAUGCUAAACUUCAUUACUGUGUAUCCUGCGCUAUUCACUCUAAGGUUGUACGUAACAGAUCCCGUGAAGCCAGGAAAGACAGAACUCCUCCACCCAGGUUCAGGCCAGGCAUGAGGCCCGGUGGCCAGGACCAGAACAGACCAGGACAGCCCGGACAACAGGCUGGUGGACCAACAGGUGGACCCCCAGGGGCAGGACCCAAGUAGAUGAAAACAUAAUAGACAUUCAAUGAAUUUACUUGUGAAUCUACUGGAGAAUGAAUAUACUAUUGUAAGAAAGUGAAAUAAUCAUGAGUUGUUAGAUAUUUUGAUAUUGUUAUUAGAGGUUUUUAUGAAAUGACUGAUGGCACUGAUUGAUUGGUGGAUUCUAGUGAGAUUGAGAAACAACUGUCUUUGAGAAAUAUACGAUACUGUAUAAUAUUUCUGAAAGAAGCAUAGUCCCCCUUGAGUUUUGAAUGUCGGUAAUUCAUCCUUAUAGCAUAUUUUUUAAAAUACUGGGAAAAGUUUCAAAGCGCAUUCUGAAAUUUACUGUGUAGCUUGUGAUGUAAGAUUUGCAGUUGUAUCUAUACACUGGAUGUGUCCCUGAAACGCUUCCAUUGAAGAGCAAUAAACAAAACACACUGAAAUCAUGGGAGCCUUAUUAAGACAGAAUUAGUUUAUCUCACUAGCUACAAGGAAGAUUGGCAGCCAUCAUUCAAACCUGAUCCUCCGUUAAUAGGCAUGGACCAAUUCGGUAACACUAUUACCCGUGCAGCCAAGCCUGUUACUGCUAUAUGGGUUUGAAUAUUAGCAUAAUACUGGUUUAUCAGGUAAUGUUGAUUUUCAGACUAAAUACUUGGUC